AUGACGGAAAGUCAACCAUUGUUGAACAGAGCAAAUUCAGUGAUAAAUACCAAUAAAACGAACACUUCAUCUGCUAAAAAAAGAGAAAAGAGACGAAAACCCCCAGUAGAAACUCAGUUAGGUUCCGAAAAGAAAAAAGGACGCUUUAAUAGCAAAAAGAAGAAAAAAAAUCAUAGCGACAAUUUCCACAAACCAUCAAAAGGGCACAGUCCAAGUGGAUCGAAACACACAACCAGUGUUACAGACUUGUUAGAAGACGACAAGAGCGUCCAAACAGGUAAAUCCGAUUCACAGAAAAAGUCCUCCAAGCAAUCGUUCCUGGAAACACCGAUGGCGUUUCCAAUUCAAAAUGGGAAUGAUCGACAAAAAGAAUCGUCAAAGAACAAAACAUCGAAACAGUCUCGUGCCCUUAUGGAAACGUUAUCCAAACCAGAAGAGAAGACGAUACUUAAACAAAAGGGGGCGUUGCAGAAAUCAGAGAAACUUACUGGACCAGUUUUACCAAAGAAAAUUACAAGUCAGCUUGAAAUAAAUAACUCUAUCAACGCAGUUGAAAUCGAGAAACACUGCAGUUCACUUGGGAACAAUAAGGUUUCUUUUGUUGAAAACACGAGUACUGAACGACUCGUUGAAAAGAGGAAACCGGUUAUCCCUUUCAAACCUCGGAAACCCACCAACAUUGUUGAAACCAAGAGACACGGCAGCCCAGUUUCAACUGGAAAAAAUAGUAAUGUAAUUGAAAUCAAGAAAAUCUCCAACCCUUCUGAUACAAGGAAUCAUUCAUGUCCACCUGAAACUAAGAAACUUUUCAGCGAAAUUAAUGAUACCUCCAUUACAAGUGAAUCCAAGAAAUUCGUUAUCCAAAAUGAAACUAAAACACGUAAAAACUCAAAUGAAUCCAAUACACCUGCCACUUUGAUUGAAAAUAAAAAACUUGUUAGCCGAACUGCAACUAAGAAACAUACUAACCCAGAUGAAACUAAGAGACUCUCCAGCCAAAGUGAAAUUAAUGACAUUUCUACUACACUUGAAUCCAAAAAACUUUUUAGUCAAAAUGAAACACAAACACGCGAAAACUCAAGUGAAUCCAAUGCACGUGUCACCUCACUCGAGAAUAAAAAAUCUGUUAGCCAAACUGGAACUACGGAACAUACUAACCCAGAUGAAACUAAGAGACUCUCCAGCCCAAGUGAAGUUAAUAACAUUUCCACUACAUCUGAAUCCAAGAAACUCGUUAACCAAAGCGAAACCAUAACACAUGCAAACGCAAGUGAAACCAAUACUACACUUAUAAUCUCAGUUGAGAGUAAAAAUCCUGUCAUCCGAACUGAAACCACGGAACAUGCUAAUCCCGAUGGAACUAAGAAACAUGAUAGCCCAACUAACACCAAAAAGCUUGUUAGCCAAACCCAAACUAGAAAACUAGUUGGCUCAUCUCAAAUGAAGACGCUCGAUUCAGAUGGAAUCGAUAAGCCUAACGGUGAGUCUUUUACCAUUACAACAACAUUUCUAAGAAACGUUCACUCAUCUUCAGUCACAUCGUCUUGUGAACUUACUACCGAUGAAACUCGCCAGAAUGCAGGCCCAACAUCAGAGGAGAUGUCAGUAAUAUCUGCUGGAAAAGUGGAUCCACACUUGCCCAAAGCUGUCCAGAAUCGACUCGUACUUCUUUCUAGUAAGAAUGAUGAGGAUUCUCGGCAGCUGGCAAAAAUCGAGAAAAAGUCGAGAAGAGACAGCGAGCUGAAAGUCACAAAGUCCCCUGAGUUCUUUGCCAGUAAACCCGGAGAAAUUCCUCCUUUAAAAAUUUCCCGAAGAUUACCCGCCCAAGUUGUUGAUCGUGAUAAAUUUGACUACAUUAGCUUCACGUACAACAGUGGUACGAGUAUCGAAGUUUGA